AAAACUCAUUAUCCAUUGAUUUAAUGCCAAACAACUUCAGAUCCAAAAUUGAUUUUGAUAAAUUUUAAAAGUGACAAAACCGCCAAAUUAGAAAAUGUUCUCUGCACACCGACGUUGCAUGUUAUUGCGACACUUUCCGCUGCCAGCACUGAAGCAAGCUCAAAUCUUAAACAUUCGCUGUGGCAGCAACAACAGCAGUAAAAAUUAUCCGUAUCUGGUGAAAGCUGUUCAAGGCAGUGCCAAGGAACGUCAGCCACAAUAUCAGCGACCAACGAGUGAUUCUCAUCGCUAUGGCGAGGACAGUUGGUUCAUCAGCAGCACGCCAAAGGCUGAGGUAAUGGGCGUGGCCGAUGGUGUGGGCGGCUGGCGUGUCAAAGGCAUCGAUGCGGGCAUCUUUGCCAAGGAGCUGAUGUCCUCGUGCUCCAGCAAUGCCCAACGCCCUGAGUUCGAUGGCCGCAAUCCUCGCCAGCUGCUCAUCGACAGUUUCAACCAGCUGAAGGGGAAGACCACCACGUUGCAGGGCAGCAGCACCGCUUGCCUCGUUGCCUUGAAACGUUCCGACUGCACGCUGCACACGGCGAAUCUGGGUGACAGCGGCUUUCUGGUGCUGCGAGGCGGCAAAGUCGUGCAUCGUUCCUAUGGCCAACAUCAUGGCUUCAACACGCCCUAUCAGCUGGCCAUGCCGCAGGACAACAAGCAGCGGGGUGGCGACGAACCCGAGGCAGCCGUUGCCACCCACAUGCCACUGCAAGAGGGCGAUCUUGUGCUGACUGCCACCGAUGGCCUCUUCGACAACAUGCCCGAGAGUCUGUUGGUGCGUCAGCUGGCCACGGCGCAGGGCGAGACGUCUUCGGAGCGAUUGCAGCUGGUGGCCAACAAAUUGGUGGCAUUGGCCGGCAAUCUUUCGGUUAGCGCCAACUUUCAAUCGCCCUUCGCCUUGAGGGCCAGGGCCAACAAUCUCAACUUUGGCAGUGGCGGCAAACCCGAUGAUAUUACCAUCAUUUUGGCCAGCGUUGCGGUGCCAUAGAGCACCAAAAAAGACGAAGCGAAAUCGCAGCGGGAAGCAAUAACAGAAUAUACUACAUAUAACAUAUAG